GGAGCCCAACACCAGCAGCAGCAACGCACCGUCCCCAGACAGACCCCGAGCCCGAGCCCAAAAGCCAGGAAGGAAGGAAGCACAAAGACUCUCCACCCACCUACUCGAAACCAAAAUCCCCUCUCCGACUCUCAGAAAUCCAGCGCGGCGAUUCUGAUCUACAUACAGAUCCCCUUGAGCUCCCUCGCUCGCUCGCUCCGGCCGGUCGUCGAGAUUUGGAGUGCCUGAGACGUUCAUGGGUGUGGAGUGAGAUCGAGAGCGGGGACCGUGAAUUCCUACGAGGGCCGCCAUUCGGCUUGCGCGUCUGCAUGAACUGUUUCGUCAAUCUGGGACUCAACUCCAACUCCAACCACUACGUCGCCUGCCUCCUCAUCUUCCUGCUGCAUUUCUCCCCGCAGCCGCUGCUGAUAAAUCACCCCAAUUCCAAUUCCAAUUCAAGUAGAAGUAAUCGUCAAGAAGGAGAAUCCAAUCCCAGUACUAGUAAUCGUUAAGGGGGGAAAACAGAGCUCAACAAAUGGCGAACAACAACAGCUCAUACGGUGAAAAUGUCAGUAGAAAAUCCCACACGCCUUCUGCUAUCGUUAUUGGUGGUGGGUUUGCAGGCAUUGCUGCUGCAAAUGCGCUCAGGAAUGCGUCCUUCGAGGUCGUUCUUCUGGAAUCCCGUGACCGGAUAGGUGGCCGAGUUCACACUGACUACUCUUUUGGGUUUCCUGUUGAUCUUGGGGCAUCUUGGCUUCAUGGUGUUUGUGAAGAAAAUCCCCUGGCACCGAUCAUUGGAAGACUCGGGCUUCCACUGUACCGCACCAGUGGAGAUGACUCUGUCCUUUUCGACCAUGAUCUCGAGAGUUAUGCACUUUAUGACACUAAUGGCUCUCAAGUCCCACAAGAGUUUGUAGAAAAGAUAGGGAAAGUGUUUGAGGCUAUACUGGAAGAGACUGGCAAAUUAAGGGAAGAAAUGAAGGAAGAUAUUUCUAUAGCUAAGGCCAUUGCAAUUGUUUUGGAGAGAAAUCCACACUUGAGGCAAGAAGGGAUUGCACAUGAUGUUCUCCAGUGGUAUUUGUGCCGCAUGGAGGGUUGGUUUGCUACUGAUGCGGAUGCCAUCUCGCUCCAGUGUUGGGACCAGGAAGUUCUUCUUCCUGGUGGCCAUGGUCUCAUGGUUCGUGGAUAUCGUCCAGUUAUAAAUACUUUGGCAAAAGGUCUAGAUAUACGCCUUGGUCACAGGUAUGCAUAUCUCUGUUUUUCCUCUAAAUGUUAUGAACAUGGUCCCACCUUCCAUUUGUUAGUACUGAUCCAAGCUCUUCUCCUCAGGGUUGUUGAAAUUGUUCGGCACUGGAAUAGAGUAGAGGUUACUGUAAGCAAUGGUAAAACAUUUGUUGCGGAUGCUGCAGUCAUCACCGUUCCCUUGGGUGUUCUUAAAUCAAACACCAUUAAGUUUGAGCCGAGGCUCCCGGAAUGGAAGGAGGAAGCGAUAAGAGAACUGUCAGUUGGAGUCGAGAACAAAAUAGUUCUCCACUUCAGUGAGGUUUUCUGGCCUAACGUGGAGUUCCUCGGAGUAGUUUCAUCCACCACAUAUGGCUGCAGCUAUUUCCUCAACCUUCACAAGGCAACAGGGCAUGCUGUUCUUGUUUACAUGCCUGCAGGCCGGCUUGCUUGUGACAUUGAAAAGAUGUCGGAUGAGGCUGCUGCUCAAUUUGCCUUUUCCCAGUUGAAGAAGAUCCUCCCUAAUGCAGCUGAGCCGCUUAACUACCUGGUGUCACACUGGGGCUCAGACGAGAACACGCUUGGUUCCUACACCUUUGACGGGGUAGGCAAGCCGCGCGACCUGUACGAGAAGCUCCGCAUCCCCGUCGACAACCUAUUCUUUGCCGGGGAGGCCACAAGCGUCCAGUACACGGGCACGGUGCACGGCGCCUUCUCCACGGGGGAGAUGGCGGCCGAGGAGUGCCGGAUGAGGGUCCUGGAGAAGUUCAGGGAGCUGGACAUGCUGGAGAUGUGCCACCCGAUGGCCGAGCAAACGGCCACCGUCUCCGUCCCGCUGCUCAUCUCCCGGCUGUAA